AUGUCCUCUCAGCCAGCGGAGGCUGCCCCUCCUACCUCUGCUACUAAUGCCGUCCUAGUUGCUUCGGAGCCCGUUCCUGAGGGAACUCAUCAGGUUCAGGGUGUGGACUUUGAGCGUUUCCAAGGCCGCGAUAUUACCGUCGCGGAGAUGGUGGAUAACAUGAGAUACAUGGGCUUCCAGGGCACCGCAGUCGCCGAGGGUACACGCAUUAUGAAUGAUAUGCGAGCCUACCGCCAUCCGGAAUCGGGAGAGAAGGCGACAAUCUUUCUUGGAUACACUUCCAAUCUAAUUUCAUCGGGCCUCCGGGACACCAUUCGCUACCUCGUUCGCCAUCGUCACGUUUCUGCAAUUGUCACCACCGCCGGCGGAGUGGAGGAAGAUUUGAUCAAGUGUUUGGCCCCUACGUACAUGGGUUCCUUCACGGCUCCUGGGGCUGGACUUCGUGCGAAAGGACUAAACCGCAUUGGCAAUCUACUGGUCCCGAAUAGCAAUUACUGUGCCUUUGAAGAUUGGCUGAUCCCCAUUUUGGAUAAAAUGUUGGAGGAGCAAGAAGCCGCCAAAAAGAAGGCUCAACAGACCGGUGAUGAGGAGGAUGAGCUUCACUGGACGCCGAGCCGUAUCAUUGAGCGACUGGGCCACGAGAUCAACCACGAAGAUUCCGUGCUUUACUGGGCCGCGCGCAACAACAUCCCCAUCUUUUGUCCCGCUCUCACCGAUGGCUCCCUGGGAGACAUGCUGUAUUUUCACACCUUCCGAUCCUCCCCACAACGACUGCGAGUGGAUAUCGUGGACGAUGUGCGUCGCAUCAACACGAUGGCCGUCCGGGCCGCCCGGGCAGGGAUAAUCAUCCUCGGCGGUGGAGUGGUGAAGCACCAUAUUGCCAACGCGUGUCUCAUGCGGAAUGGGGCAGAGCAUGCAGUCUAUGUAAAUACAGCCCAGGAGUUCGACGGAAGCGAUGCUGGAGCUCGUCCGGACGAGGCUGUCAGCUGGGGAAAGAUCAAGGCGGAUGCCAAGGCAGUUAAGGUGUAUGCGGAGGCCACCGUAGUCUUCCCGAUGAUGGUUGCAGCAUCAUUUGCUCGGGCCGACCAGUCUCCUGCAGAUUCAGCUGACCAGGCCCAGAACUAA